UUUAAAUAUAAUUAUUAUUCUUCUUGCCGAAUAAAUAAAUAAAUUAUCCCAUAAACAAAACACUAAAAUUUGGCAGAACACUAAGAAUCCUGUCUCCAGUUUACUACGCAGAAGUAAUACGCAUUUGCCAAUCAUCCAUAUAAAUCCUUCGGCUGCAUAUUGUUCUUUAAAAAAUGUUGAACAAAAUUUAGUGUUCAUUUGAAACGUAAUAGUAAAAGUUCUAUUUAUAUAGAAUAUUUAUCUCUUGUUUAAAAAAAAUAUAAAUUAGUAAUAGAAAAAUUUUAAUUAAUAACACAAAAUGAAGUGUUGUAGUCGAUCUACGUUGGGUGUAAUUAUAGGCGCUUUAAAUAUUUUCGGUUUUACCGUUGCUAUAAUUUAUAUUAUAACGCUAUUGGGAGGUAUCGGAAGCUUAUCGGAAGAAGAAAAACAAGAAAAUGAGGAUAUUCUAACAGUAUCCAGUACACUACUUUAUAUACUUUUGAUAUUUUGCGUUGUUUCAUUUGUAACAUCGGUACUGCUUGUACUGGGUAUAUUUAAGGAAAAUCAUACUUUUAUGAAACCCUGGAUCUGUAGCGCCAUAAUUGGUAUAGCUUUCUAUAUAUUGCGUUUAGUUAUAGCGGUUUUUGUUGGCUUUACAACUGGCAAAUCGUUUGGAGGAAUAUUAGCAGAUCUAGUAGUUGGUCUUUUAACUUUAGGUAAGUUGAAAUUGUAA